AUGAUCAAGUCCAUCCUAUUGCUUAUUCUUUCAAUCUAUGCUGCCGCAGCAUUCACUCUUCAACCCAACUCUCGCGUCAGCAAUUCUGCACUUUUCAUGAGUGAUGAUUCCAAAACCGGAACUGUCAAGUGGUUCAACACCAUGAAAGGAUUCGGAUUCAUCGUCCCUGACGACGAUGGUCCAGAUGUCUUUGUCCAUCAAACUGAGAUCAAGUCUGAGGGAUUCCGCAGUCUCGCCGAUGGCGAAUCUGUCGAAUACGUCCCUCAGGUCGAUGACUCUGGAAGAACCAAGGCUACCAGAGUCACUGGACCAGGUGGAGGUAACGUUCAGGGAGCUCCCUUCAACCCAGAUUCCAACUUUGAUUAG